UAAGAACAUUGAAAAUGAUCUUCUGUUGAGUCGCUCCAUUAUUCCAUCCCAUCAUUUGCAUGCUGCCUUUUCACAGUUAAGCCAAGCUCAAGCCGGCUUACAUCACCUAGCCUUGUAUUUUUUGUGCCAGGGAAGGUGGCCCUGUGCUGGAUCGAGGGGAAGGUUCUCAUAGGUGCCAUUUGUUCCUUUCUGACAUAGAGAUGGAAAUGGUUGGAUGAAGGAGAACUACCUGCCUUUGAAGUUCCAGAAGGCCGAAUCCGACCUGGAUUACAUUCAGGCAAUGUUGGAGUUUGAAAUGGUGAAAGGGCAUGCUGACGGACUGUCUAAAGAGGAGAAUCCUCUGGUUGUCAUACAGCAGCUGUCACAGGUGAAGUCUCGCUACAAAAUGUUGUGUGAGCAGCUAGAAAGGAUUUCUACCGAGCGGCGGGAGUCCAUGCGGUUGAUCCGUGCUACUCUGGCCAAAACAAUGAAGCUGGUUCAGGAAAUACAGCAGCACACUGGAAUGGAGAUCUCACCUCUAUCUGAAGAAGAAGAACUUGCAAUGCAGCACUUAAUGUACCAGACUCUUCAAGUAUCAGAUACCCCAGAAAAACAGAAUUGUCCCAAAGAGCAUGAAACUCAUUGAUCCCAGACAAAAAUUCCAAAAAUAGCUUGUAUGUGAGGGCACUCAUCAGAGUUGGAAGUUGAAAACUGAGGCUACACUUUAAAUGUCUAGAUUGCUUGUGUUUUCUUUUUAAUAUUGGUACCCAAGUUUCCUGUACAUACUUCCUAAAUUGUUGUCAAAUGAACAAUGACUUGAACAUUUUGUGGUGAUGGGGUUGAUAUUGUAAUGUUCCAAAGGUGCUUUCAACCAGAGCUUGUGGUCCUCUGGAUGCUACUGGACUAUAACUCCAAUCAUCCCUCACCACUGGCCGUGGAGUCCUACAACAUCUGGCAGACAUCCUGUUGGCUAGUCUUGCUCUGGAUUAAUUCAGUCUGCUGCUUAUACUAUACAAUUAAUGGAAGCUGUUUUUGAUACAUUGUACAGUACCUUUCUCCUUAAUGUGGAUCUACUUGUAUAUUCAAAACCAGGCUUCCUCAAACUCGGCCCUCCAGAUGUUUUGAAACUACAGUUUCCAUCAUCCCUGACCACUCGUCCUGCAAGCUAGGGAUCAUGGGAGUUGUAGGCCAAAAACAUCUGUAGGACCAAGUUUGAGGAAGCCUGAUUCAAAGCCAUAGCUGUACCUUUGAAACAGUAGCCAAAUUGAUACAUUGUGCUUGAAGUUUUAUUGUGUUUUUUUAAAAUAAUACUUAGAAACAAUAAAGAUAAAUGUAUGACAACACAAA